AUGGGCACCCAAUCCUCGGAGAUCCCAAAUGACAAGACCGUCGACAAACCAAUCGAUGCUGGUGGUGAUAUAAUGGGCGAGAUGAGCGACAGAGAACGGAACCUCUACGAUGAAGGAAUGAAAAAGUUCUCACGGCUGGGGUGGAAGCGAUUGACCGUGGUCCUGAUUGUGGAAGCCAUUGCACUGGGUACACUAUCUAUCCCCUCAUCCUUCGCCACACUAGGCAUGGUUGCCGGCAUCAUUUGCACUAUUGGAAUUGGUCUCGUUGCCAUUUAUACCAGUUACGUGAUUGGUCAGGUCAAACUUGCAUACCCGGAGAUCACCAACUACGCUGAUGCUGGCCGUCUGAUGGGCGGCCGAAUUGGGUAUGAAAUAGUGACCGUGAUGCUUGGUCUCCAACUCACGUUUCUUACGGCAUCGCACUGCUUGACUGGCACCAUUGCCCUGCAGGUAAUCACCCAGAGUACGAUUUGCGGUGUCAUAUUCGGAGUGGUAUGUGCGGUCAUCCUACUAGUAUUAGCUGUGCCGCCUAGCUUCACCGAGAUGGCGAUAUUGGGUUAUAUCGACUUUGGCUCUAUCAUUAUAGCCAUUGGAAUCACCAUCAUCGCUGCCGGUAUCGAGCGAAACGAAGUCACUACUGCCACUCUAUCAGGCGCGGCUUGGUCCGCGUGGCCACCAGAGGGCACGACGUUCACCGACGCAUUUAUCGCCGUUUCGAACAUUAUCUUUGCCUACAGCUUUGCAAUCUGCCAAUUCUCGUUUAUGGACGAGAUGCACACACCCAAGGACUAUGUCAAAUCGAUCUGGGCUUUGGGCAUCACUGAGAUUUUGAUUUAUACCGUGAGCAGUGCACUGAUUUACUCUUUUGUCGGUGCAGAUGUUAAAGGACCUGCUAUGCUUUCUAUCAACGAGACCGUUAGUCGGAUUGCUUUUGGAGUGGCACUGCCUGUUAUCUUCAUCAGCGGCUCUAUCAACACCGUUGUUGCUGGGCGGUUAAUUCAUGGUAGAAUCUUCAAGAAUUCUACUAUCCGCUUCAUUAACAGCGUUGCUGGGUGGUCCACUUGGCUGGGAAUUAUUACAGCCAUCACUGUGAUUGCUUUUGUGAUUGCUGAGGUCAUUCCCUUCUUCGAGGAUCUUCUCUCUCUGAUCUCCGCCCUGUUUAUCUCUGGUUUUACGUUCUACAUCCCCGCUUUGAUGUGGUUCAUCUUGAUCCGGAAGGGAAGCUGGACUUCACCUCGUAACCUGGCAUUAGGAGCUCUCAACGGAGCUGUCCUGGUCAUAGGUCUGGUAAUUCUGGGUGGCGGUACUUACGCCAGUAUUCAAGAUAUUCUUAACAAUUAUAAAGCUGGAACGGUUGGAAGCGCCUUUUCCUGUGGGAAACAAUAUUAA